AUGUUAAUUAAUAAAUUUCAAUUAAUUUUGUUAUUUAUCAUCUCCAUGUUUGCGUUAACCAUUUUAGCUGUAAACCCUCCAUUUGGAAGACUGUCAGUAAAUAAAGGCCAAUUAGUUGGGGCAAAUGGUCGACCGGUUCAGUUGAGAGGAAUUUCUCUUUGGUUCAGUCAGUGGUUAACUCAAUGGUAUUCUCCUCAAGCUGUUAAGGCUAUUAAAUGUUUCUUUAAUGGAAAUGUUGUAAGUUUCUCUGAUUAUAUUUUAGGCCUCGGAAUCGGCGAUGUCAAGAGUUAUCCAAAAUAUAAUACAUGA